AUGAGAUCCUUGGCUUUCGCGACCACAAUCGGCGUGACCCUGAGUGUGAACUAUCUGAUUGAUAGCUAUCACGAUAUCAGCGGAGAUGCGAUUGUGACUGUUAUCUUGGUCCGCAACACCAUGUCCUUUGCCGUCAGCUACGGAAUCACGCCCUGGCUGAUGAACCUUGGUUAUCAGAAUUGUUUUAUCUCUGCUGCUUUCAUCGGCAUGGCCACGUCGUCGGUUUUCUUCGUCAUGAUUAAGUAUGGAAAGAAAUUUCGAAUUCGCAGCGCCAGCAAGUAUCACAGACUUGUCAGUGCCGCAGAGUCGAAAUGGUAG